ACAAUCGUUUUUAUAAAGUUACGUACUUUUUCUCUCUCUAACCUAAACCCUAAAUAAACCCCACCAUACGGCUUUGCCACCUCUAUUGCAUGCUUUUGUUCAUUUCCCUCUCUUCGCUCCUUCCUCUCCUCCCCUUCUUCUCUGUCCCCAAACCCAAACCGCACACAACUUCUAUAUAUAUCUCUAUAUACACAGAAAGAAAAGAGAAAAAAGGAAAAAGAAAGAGUAGAGAUAACCAAGAAGAAGAAAUCACUUGCCAUGGCUGUUGAAGCACGCCAUCUUAAUCUCUGCCCUUCUCAGCUCUUAAGAAACAGAGAAAUGAUGAGCGCCAUUGAAGGCAACGUGAAUGCCUACGGGAAUACUCCAAUCGGAUACGGAUUGCCUCCGCUAUCGGGAACGACGACCGAGACUCUGCUUCCGAUGUAUAGCUCUGUGAUCACUGAUUCUCUUCAGGCGAAGACUGCGAUGAAGGCCGAUAGCGGUCACUACGUUCUUCCUGUUUCAAAAAAGCGCUCCAGAGAUUUGAUUAAUCCAUUGAUCUCCUUCCCCAACGCUCAGAUUCAGAAUCAAAACAACAAUCGCUGUGGUUCUUUCACCUUUCUCGGCGAAGACAUUUCGAUGCAAAUCCAACAACAGCAGUUAGAGGUUGAUCGCUUCAUCGCUCAACAUACGGAGAAGGUGAGAUUCGAGGUCGAGGAGAGGCGAAAGCGAUAUUCAAGGAGGAUUAUAGCGGCAGUGGAGGAAGGGAUAAUGAAUCGAUUGCGAUCGAAGGAAGAUGAGAUAGAGAAGAUUGGAAAGUUAAAUUGGGCGCUCGAAGAAAGAGUGAGGUCGCUGUGUCUUGAGAACCAGAUAUGGAGAGAAUUGGCUCAGACGAACGAAGCCACGGCCAACGCCCUGAGAAGCAACCUCGAGCAGGUGCUGGCACAGAUCAAGGACGAGCAACAACACCACCACCACCACCGUGGCGGCGGUGCAUUGGACUCGGCGGCAGCCUUGAUGGACGAUGCUCAGUCGUGCUGCGGCAGCAAUUACGACGGCGAUGCGGAGGAGCGGCGCACAAUAGCUGGAUGCGGAGGAGAGAGAAAGAGAGUGAAGGAUAAGUGUAAUGAUGAUUGUACAACUAGCAGUAGCAGCGGCAACAACAGCAGCAAGAGCAGGAGGAGGUUGUGCAGGCACUGUGGGAAGGAGGAGUCGUCCGUGUUGUUGCUGCCGUGCAGGCAUCUCUGCCUCUGUACUGUUUGUGGGUCGUCGGUUCACACUUGCCCCAUCUGUAACACCGCCAAGGACGCCAGUGUGCACGUUAUCAUCUCCUCUUGAAAAUUCCAAAAAAAACGAGAGAAAAACGAAAAACAAUGUAAAAAAAAUAUUUCAAGAAAAAAAACAACUCAGCUCAGCAGUAAUCUUUUUUUUUUUUU